UUUAAAAGAAAAUUGUGGAUCACUUUCUGGCAGGGAAUAUCCUGCAUGGGGGAAAAGGUGGUGAUGCUCAAGAACACAAAGGUCAAAGGUAAAUGCACGUCCGCAGAGUUGUUUUUUGUGUCAUGGUUCAAAAUAAGAGGCUAGAAGGGUCAAUAUGUGGCGAACUGCAACCUUCCUGACAAAAGAUGGCCUGCCACAUAUAUAAAGGUUACUUCAUUCCUCUUCCUGUACACCAGUCUGGAAGCAGCACAGUUGAUGGAUUGGAGCUUGCAACGUGACACACUACCACUUGAUACUCUUGGUAAGCUGCACAAGAUGGACCAUUUUAGUGAGAGAUUGGACAGUACUAUACUUGAAUAUGUUAUGUUUGAGGACAUUUUGAUAUGCUGACUUGGUACUUAUUUUCCACCAUAAUUUGCAAAUAAAUUCAUUAAAUCCUACAGUGUGAUUUUCUGGAUUUUUUUUCUUCUCAUUUUGUCUGUCAUAGUUGAAGUGUACCUAUGAUGAAAAUUACAGGCCUCUCAUCUUUUUAAGUGGGAGAACUUGCACAAUUGGUGGCUGACUAAAUACUUUUUUGCCCCACUGUAUAACCACUUGUGUUUAGUAUGUCAAUCGCAGGAUCCACUCUGCCGUUGUCCUGGACCCUACUGGUAACCCCUAACGCGGAGCACCAUAUGAGUGGGAACCUGGUCAAGCACAUCAGGGACCCUCUGCACACAUCAACAACAGUCACCCACGAAGCACCGUUACCCAUCUCGCCGCAGAGCAAGGGAAACAACUACUUCAAGGUCUCAGAGCGAGUGACGUCACCGAUUGAAACGCUGUUAGAGCACACCACCGCUAACUAGAUAGCCAUUUCACAUCGGUUACAUAGGCUACGGUAUGUUAUGUAGGCUACGGUAUGUUAUGUACUAUAGGGUAUGUUAUGUACUGUAGGCUACAGUAUGUUAUGUAGGCUACGGUAUAUACUGUAAGCUGUGGUAUGUUAUGUAGACUAUGGGAUGUUAUGUAGGCUACGGUAUGAGGCAUUAAGAUAAAGCAGAUUAACAGGAAGUAAUACCUGAUGUGCUUUUCUCAAAUGGACAGGAACGUUAUGAUUGUUUUAGGCUUAUACUGUUGACUAGACGGGCUUUUUAAAAUACAAAUAUUUUGUCAGUUCAUGAAGUGUAUUUAUUAGGAUCCCCUUUAGCUGUUGUAAAAGCCGCAGUUACUCUUCAUGGGGUCCACAUGAAACAUGACAUAAUACAGACUUUUUUUUAAAACCAGGUUUGCUGUUCAUUUGAGCAAUAUGAGAUGGAAGGGAGUUUGACGUAAUAACAUCUCUAUAGAAUAUUGUAUAUGUUCUGUAUUUGGGGAUUGUGAAAAGCAGGUAGCCCUAUUUGAUAAGAAUGCAUGUGUUAGUCAGUAUGUCUAUUUUGAGUUAAAUGAAAUUCCUAUCUAAGUAAUAACAGUGGACAUUUGCCUAAAAUAAUGGCUGAGUAAGAGGUAGCCUGAACAGCCUCUAGGUGGCGCUAUUUGCCUUUAUUUUUAUGGUCAAUAGCGACCACUAGCAGCUGUUCAGGCUAAUCACAGGCUGACGCUCAUAUCACGUUCAGUUCUGUUUUCAGGCGAAUCGAAAACGAAAUUGUCUACAGGACACUACAGAGAAAUAGUAAUGGCGUCUUUUUGUAGGCACUAACUCCGUCAUGGUUCAUUGGACAAAUCCUUUGGAGAAAAUUAAUGGCGUUUUUGGAUAAACGACGAAAAUAAGUUGGGUAUGUGGUAAACACAGGCUUAGAAGAUUUUAUACGUUUUGCUCUGUGGGAUAAUCUUCAUCGAUUAACGUCACUUUUUGUGAAUUUUGAAGAAUUCUAUAUUUCUUUUAAAGCACAUUCAUAAUUCAUAAAGGUCAUGUUAGCUGACUCCUAUCUCAUAUAAAAAAAAAUAAGUAUAAGAUCUCCAAAAUCUGUGUUAACCUCAGACUUUAUUUUUAUUUUAUUCCUAAACCCUAUUCUCUCCAUAUUCAUUUUCGCCAUAGGGGUGCCUGAACGAAGAGGUAACUCAUUUCCGGGUCGUAGAACUAGAAAAAAAGGGUCAUGGCUAGAAUGGAUGAAGUUUUUGUCAGAUUUGACUUUUUGAAGCAGGUUUAGGAGAAUUGACGCAGCAGGUUAGUAGUGACAGGUUAUGAAAAGUAGGAAAAGAUUAGGAAAGGAGUUAGGGUUAGAUAAAAUGCAAAACAAAUUAUGCUUAUGACCUGAAUUUGACAAAAGCUGGAUCCCAUCUAGGCACGACCGAAAAGAGAACACUCGCAAGUCAUCUAUCUCGUCACCUCGAAGUGACUAUGUCCUGCGACAACCAGCAAGGAGACCAGUUGGACUUGAAGGACAGAAUAUGUACCUUUUUAAAGGUGAAGAAACAAGGAUCCACUGCCCUCCAGAUAGCGAAGGCUGUUGGAUUAAAGAAGGCCAAGGAUGUAAACAGUGUCCUGUACACUUUAAACAAAGCUGGACGUCUUUAUGUAACACCAGACAUUCCACCAGUCUGGUCUGUGGAGAAACCAGGGGCGGCGUCUGUCUCUGUGAGUGUUCCAGAGUCAGAUCGAGUGCCUAGUCCUUCUGAGACCCCUGGCAUCACAGAGGAGGAACUGAGGAGGGUGCUGAUGUCAAAGAGUGAUGGAAGAGGGAUGAGUGCACAACAAAUUGCCAGAGAAUUGGGCCAAUCAAGAAAAUUAGUGAAUAAGCAUCUUUAUGACCUGCAAAGUAGCGGCAAGGCAGAAAAGUUGGGAGAGAAAGUGUGGAAAAUGAAGGAUGAAGCAAGCUGUGGAGCAAAGCUUAUUAAAUACGAGAGUGAUGAUCAAGAUAUUUUCAUCAGACUGACUGAAAGCUCCAGGUUUUCCGAAGAUUUCAAAUUAUUGAGUGUUCUGGGUGCAGGAGGCUUUGGGUGUGUCACUAAAGCCCAACACAAAUUGGAUGGAAAAACGUACGCCGUGAAGAUUGUGCAGAAUAUGGGAGAAGCAAAACGUGAAGUGGAAGCACUGGCUACCUUGGAACAUUCUAACAUUGUUCGCUACUAUACGACUUGGUCUGAGGAUGCCAAGUGGGUCGAUGGAGGCUACAGCACAGAGUCGUCGGUCCAGUCUAGAAUCUCAGAAGAUUCUGACAAUUAUUCAGACCAGGGAGAUGGAUCUACACAUGUAACAAAUCAAUCAGAUUUAGACCUGUCUGAAACAGCCAGCGAAGACCAAGCAAACCACUCAAUGACUGAUUCCAGCUCAAGAAAUGGAGACGGGACUUGUUUGUUCAUUCAGAUGGAGUUCUGUGAGGGAGGGACACUGAAGGACUGGAUCAACAUAAAUAAGGGUAGAAGCAAGGACAAGGCACUUGGAAUAUUUCAGCAAAUGGUUUGUGGAGUGGAAUACAUCCACUCUGAAGGACUUAUUCACAGAGACUUAAAGCCAGAGAACAUAUUGUUUGGAAGUGAUGGCAUGGUGAAGAUCGGAGACUUUGGUCUUGUGACCACGAUCACCACUCUGAGUGAAGCAUCAAUGUACAGGACUGUCAACAAAGGAACACCAUUUUACAUCAGCCCUGAGCAGAAGACUGGGGGGAAAUAUGAUGAGAAAACGGAUAUAUUCUCUCUGGGACUGAUAUGGUUUGAACUCCUGUGGUACAUGUCCACUCUCUCAGAGAAGAGCGAGGUGUUCCAGAGCCUGCGGACACAGACAUUUCCCUCUGACUUCCGUGAGAAGUUUAUCUUAGAGCAUAAAGUCAUCAGUAAAAUGCUGUCGCAGUCGCCUGCAAACCGACAAAACGCCGAAGAGAUUGCUACGAUCCUGAAAAAGUACCUGCUCGGAAACCAAACUGGAUUACAACAGAAAACUGUAUGAAAUGUUGUAGGGUAGAGUGGCUUGAAAUGCUUUGGGAAAACAGUGAUGUCAGCAUAGACACACGUUCUAUUCAAGAUGGCGCAUAGUGAUGAUGUCAUGCCUCAACUGAGGCUGUAAACUGGG